GAUGUGAGCAUGCGCGCUGGCGUUCUUCUCAACCCCCGUGGCUUUACGAAAGCCGAUAUUCCUACAGGGGCAGUAGCCGCACGGCCAGGAGGUGUUUCAAAACUCGGUCGAGUAGUUAUAUAUACAGCCGCGGAGAAGGAGCUGCUCUCGGAGGAGUCGGACUUGCCUCGUCUGGUUUUUUUUGUGUGUGUUUGAGCUGCUCUACGGCUGGUCGUCUCCCGCCUCUCUCCCAGCGACAACAACACAAGCCACGGGGACGAGCCAGCGGACGUAACGCUCGCCGAGAGGGGAAGUGGGCUCCGUCUUCUCUUUCAUCGGGCAGAUGCUCCCAGCCGCCCAGCUUGACAGGAGUGAUGGGAUGUGUCAACUAGGUGAGGAACUCCUUGACGAUGAUGAUAUUGGACUGAGGGAUCGAUCUGCAGUGUUCUCACCAGAACGGGGUACAGGAGGGAUUGAGGUAGAGGAGGAGGAGGAAGACGUCAAAGAGGAAAAGAUGGGCGUUGGGAAGAACACCACCUCCAAAUCGAUGGACAGCGGCAGCGAAGGCGGAAAAUAUGAAGAGGAGGCCAAGCACGGAGCGGACUUUUAUCCCAUCCCGGUGGUAGUAAAUGGAGUUGGGGGUGCCACUGGAGAUCAGGACACUGAAAACACGGAGCUGAUGGCAAUCUACACCAAGGAUAAUCAAGCAGCAGAAAAGAGCUCAAUCUCAGAGACGCUCGACAGCACCGACAGCAUAGAUGCAAGGAGGAUGGAUAUGAUCUAUACCAUUGAAGACACCCCGCCCUGGUACCUGUGUGUGUUCUUAGGCUUACAGCACUACCUGACGUGUUUCAGCGGGACCAUCGCCGUCCCGUUCCUCCUCGCUGAGGCCAUGUGCGUGGGCUUUGAUCAGUGGGCCACCAGUCAGCUCAUCGGGACCAUCUUCUUCUGCGUGGGGAUCACAACCCUGCUGCAGACCACUCUGGGCUGCAGGUUGCCUUUGUUUCAGGCGAGUGCGUUUGCCUUCCUCGCACCAGCCAGAGCCAUCCUGUCUUUGGAUAAGUGGAAGUGUAACAGCACAGAGCGUCCAUUCCUGAACGGCACCGAGCUCCUCCACACGGAGCACAUCUGGCACCCCAGGAUACGCGAGAUCCAAGGGGCGAUCAUCGUAUCAUCCUUGAUCGAGGUGUGCAUCGGAGCUCUGGGUCUGCCCGGGAUGCUGCUAAAAUACAUCGGCCCUCUGACCAUCACUCCCACCGUGGCCCUCAUCGGGCUCUCGGGCUUCCAGGCUGCAGGCGAGAGGGCUGGGAAACACUGGGGCGUCGCUAUGCUGACUAUAUUUUUGGUGCUGCUCUUCUCCCAGUAUGCCAGAAAUGUUCACUUCCCCCUGCCGAUCUACAAAGUCAAGAAAGGUUGGACCUUCUACAGGCUACAGGUUUUCAAAAUGUUUCCGAUCAUUAUGGCCAUCUUGGUGUCGUGGCUGCUGUGCUUCAUUUUUACGGUGACGGACGUUUUCCCGCCGGAGGAGAACAAAUACGGUUUCUACGCCCGCACUGACGCACGUCAGGGAAUCCUGAAAGCUGCGCCGUGGUUCAAGAUCCCCUAUCCCUUCCAGUGGGGCACUCCCACCGUCACAGCUGCAGGGGUGAUCGGCAUGAUGAGCGCCGUGGUGGCCAGCAUCAUUGAGUCCAUCGGUGACUACUACGCCUGUGCCCGGCUCUCCUGCGCUCCUCCACCUCCUAUUCACGCCAUCAAUCGGGGGAUAUUUGUGGAGGGCAUUUCCUGUGUGCUGGAUGGUGUUUUCGGGACAGGAAACGGGUCCACCUCCUCCAGCCCGAACAUCGGUGUCCUUGGAAUCACAAAGGUGGGCAGCAGACGUGUGAUCCAGUACGGCGCUGCCAUGAUGCUGCUGCUGGGGCUUGUGGGUAAAUUCAGCGCCCUGUUUGCCUCUCUGCCUGACCCGGUCCUGGGUGCCCUGUUCUGCACCCUGUUCGGGAUGAUCACAGCGGUGGGGCUCUCCAACCUGCAGUUUGUCGACCUCAACUCGUCCAGGAACCUCUUCGUCCUGGGCUUCUCCAUCUUCUUUGGUCUGAUGCUGCCAAGCUACCUUAAAGAGAACCCGCUGGUCACCGGCAUAGUUGAAGUCGACCAAGUCCUCAACGUGCUCCUCACCACUGCUAUGUUUGUCGGAGGCUGUGUUGCCUUUAUUUUGGACAAUACUAUACCGGGUUCCCUGGAGGAGCGGGGCAUCAGGAAGCUGAAGCGAGGAACUGGUGUCAGCACCGCCGAGCUUGAGGGGAUGAGAUCUUACGAUCUGCCGUUCGGGAUGGACUUCUUCCGCAGAUACCCCAUCUUCAAGUACAUCCCCAUCAGCCCCGUGUUCAUCGGCUACCACUGGGGACGGCUCAAGGAGAGCGGCCGGAGCAGAAAGGGACACGGGGAUGUGGGCAAGGCGGCAGGGGAGGGCAGCACCGCGCCGGGGGAGAGUCGGGUAUAGCCCACGGCCCGGGAGAGAUGGUAAACGAGUUUUUAGGGAGCGACGGAUGGUACACUAAGAUGAAAUGAUGGGAGAACGGAGCACAGACCGAAGCUGAGCAGGAAUGCGUGGAAGAAAAAGAAAAAGUCGCACCAACUUCCCCGUCCGUAUGCGUUUUCUUCAACUUGUCUGUGUCUUCCCCCCCCCCAAUUCCCUCUAUGCUAUUUUCAAGCAUGCUAUAGCAAGUCACGGCAUGUGUUAAAAGAUGUCACCGUGCAGAGGUCGGUCAGCGUGUGUGUGUGUGUGUGUGUGUGUGUGUGUGGGGUUAGGGUGCAGGAGGAUAAAACAAGCUCGCGCUCUGAUUUCCUUUCAGACGGAGACCGUUUGGAAAUCAAACAAACGAGAGCUGAAUGUUUCAUUUCUGCGGCUAAUUUACACUCCCUGAAUGGGCUCGUAAAAAAAAAAAAGACCUUCUAC